GUGCCCACGCCGCAGUCCAGCGUCGCCUCCCAGGGAUUCCCUUGUCGGUCACGCGGAGGCCCGCGGUCCCGGCGUCCGGUGCGCGGGAGCCCCGCUGUGCCGCGCUGAGACCAGAAGUCGGCCAGAAGCCAACGAAGCCCACGGUCGCAGGAUGGACAGUGGGACAGUGGCUUCUUCUCGUCCUUCUUAACCGCUUUAUGGAGGUGUUAUUUGCAAUUCCGCCAUUGACAUCCAACGGGGUUCGCCCGGAGUCGUGCGGGGAUCGCCACAACCUCGUUUAGAGCGUCUCCAUCCCCCUCCCCAAAUCUGCUCCAUUUCCGGAGGUCCGCCGGGAUCUGACUGCGCCGCGCUGCGCUGCAAAGCGGACCGCCAGGGGGCGCUGCGGGGCCGACUCUCAGCUGCGCCUGCGCCGGCGCCGCGCGCGAACCCGAGCGCUAGCCCGCCGAGCGCGCUCCCCCGCGACUGCGACUGCGCGGAGCCCGUGGCCCCGCCGCUCCCGCCGGGGGCUCGUAGCUGGGCGCCUGGGCCAUGGGAGAGGCGGAGGUGGGCGGCGGGGGCGCGGCGGGUGACAAGGGACCGGGGGAGGCGGCCACCAGCCCAGCCGAGGAGACAGUGGUGUGGAGCCCCGAGGUGGAGGUGUGCCUGUUCCACGCCAUGCUGGGCCACAAGCCCGUCGGUGUGAACCGGCACUUCCACAUGAUCUGUAUCAGGGACAAAUUCAGCCAGAACAUCGGCAGGCAGGUGCCAUCCAAAGUCAUCUGGGACCACCUGAGCACCAUGUAUGACAUGCAGGCCCUGCACGAGUCCGAGAUUCUUCCAUUCCCGAAUCCAGAAAGGAACUUUGUCCUUCCGGAAGAAAUCAUUCAAGAAGUUCGAGAAGGAAAAGUGGUCAUUGAAGAGGAAAUGAAGGAGGAGAUGAAAGAAGACAUGGACCCCCACAACGGGGCCGACGAUGUUUUUUCAUCUUCAGGAAGCUUGGGGAAAGUAACGGAAAAGCCCGGCAAAGACAGAGACAAGAACCCCUCGGACUUGGGGGCCAAGGACGGGGCGGACAAGCGCAAGCGCAGCCGGGCCGCCGACAAGGUCCUCACGGCCAACAGCAACCCCUCCAGCCCCAGCGCCGCCAAGCGGCGCCGGACGUAGCCGCCCACGAGGAGGGCCGGCGGUGCCCUCUCCCCGUCCGGAGUCCGGACAACACGAAAAGCCGGGAUCGCCGGUUCAGGCUGAGAGCGCGCUCAGUGGUGGCGUCGGGGGCACAGAGCUGCCGCCCGCCCGUGUGGCAGACGCCGCCUGGCGUGAGGAGCCGUGAGGCCGACGGCCCCGCCCUCCCAGGGGCACCCAUCUUCCCGCCAGUCCAUCUGUCCACCUGUCCGCCCGCCGCCCUUGUUCAAGUGACCGUGACCUCCGGGGAAAGGCCACCGGGCCUUGCGCACGCGCCCCUCCGUCGCCCGAGAAGCUGGGAACUGGAUAUUUGGCCUCAUUCACUUGUACUGUAACGAUGUAUAUAAUUUGGUUGCUAUUUCACUAUUUAAUUUCUAAGAAGCCUAUUUUACUAGUGUUUUAUAUGGAAAAAAAUACCGCAGAAGUUAAGAACCUGUGUUGUAUUUUUUCCGAGAUGUUUUGUUGUAAGGUAACGACCACUGAGAUACUUUUUGCUCAGUUUUUAUACGCCAGACAGAGAGUUUGUGGCUAUUUUUGUAUUACCGAGUAACUUGCAAACAGACCGAACUCGGGAGUGGCGGGCGGCCCGCCGGGGCUGCUGCCGGGCCGGGGACUAGGGGACAUUAAAGCCCAGAAAAGCGA